GUUUGUCAGUCUCGCGUUAACUGGUGUCCUUGAUGUGAAGUCAAAAUGGGGUACUGGGAGCUCGAAGAGGGUAACAAUUGUGUGGAGAAAACAUGGAUUACUACCAAGAUAGCCACUGCAUUAGGGCUUGUUGGCUCAGCCUACCACAUCGUUCUUUACCAGCCUGAAACUACCCUCGAGGCUCUUACGAGGGCCACUGCAGGCACAGUUACUAUGGCUUCCCUUGGGGCAAUUUUUGGAAUGGCCACUUGUAUAAGUGCCCAGGUGAGGGAGGCCCCAGAUGACCCUUUAAAUUAUUUCAUCGGUGGUUGCUCCUCCGGAGUGUUCCUUGGAGCGAGAACUCACAGUGCUAUUACAGGUGUAACCGCGUGCAUCGGCUUGGGCUCAUUGGCUAUGUUCACAAAGAUUGGGAAGAUGGAAGGCUGGAAAAUAAGUGGGGAACCCAAACUAUGAACAUGCUGUGCUUGUUCUGAUUAAAUGUUGUAUGUAUACUGUAUAUGGAAUUAAUAAACUUCACAGAGACCUUUAA